CACUAUUGUGACACAUUUGGUUUCUUGCAGUUUUAAUAUAGAAUAUUUUUUCAGGAAGUUCCAGCUUCCCUUUCGUUGAUGCCGUAAGACCGUCAAUGGGGAAAUGUUCAUUUGUGUUUUAGUUACAGUUCCAGGAGAUUUGAUAUUUAUGUAUGAUGAGGAAUGAAACCGGGCAUGUAUUUUUGCUCUGAGGUGACCUCAGAGCCUGUACUUCUUCAAGCUGAAGCAGCGGUGCACCCUCAGUGUGUGGAAACUUGCUCUGGAGCCACAGGGUCAAGAGUUAGAGGCUCCCAGCGACGGCAGACAUGAACCUGCCGACCAGAGAAGAGUGUGAAGGGUGGGACCACAUGAAAGUGGCGCUUUUUAUGUGCAAGAAUAACAUGCAAGACUGCGCCGGGACUGUGACCAGAUUAAAGAUCGACGGACUCAGGCUUCUGAAUCUCACUGAGAACGACAUCAGAAAGUUCAGCCUCCUUCAGCAGCCGCAACUUCAGAAAAUGGUUCAAGACAUCAAGAAAAAUGACGGCAGCCUGCUGAAUAAAAUCAGAAGACUGAAAAGACAACCUCGUCCAAACGUUCCUGUCAGAGACUACAGAGAUUUCAGAGACAACGAUCAGUGCUCUGAUCCAGAAUACAACGAGCCAUGCGAUGACCCGCCUGAAGAUGACAACUAUGAGCCUCCUCCGGUCCACAGAGAGUUCACCAGAAGUCCCUUCACUUCCUUACCAAGGGGGGAGUAUCUCGACAGCUGUCAUGCCCGACCAAGCCGACCUCCAAAGAAGCCCGUCCGUCCUGUUAAAGCCUCCAAACAACUUCCUCCUGAACCGUCACAUCCAUGGAGCGACAAAGAAGAAGACUAUAUAGACCCAGAUGCUAAUGGUGAGGACGACUACAUAGAACCCACAGAGAAUUCAUCUCCAAAAGGUGGAAACAGAGGUGACUAUCCCAUUUUGCCUCCAGCUUUACCAGAUCGUCCAUCCAGUCCAGAAGAUUUGUAUGAAGAACCUGAGAAAGAGGAACCAUCUACGCCUCCACAGAGAAAGGGAUUUUGUCCACCUCCUUUCAAACCAGGACCUUCUUUACCAAAACCAACACCCAGGUAGGAACCAAACCUAUGCUAAAUCACUAAAUUGUUUGAG